AUGAAUUAUCAUGAACUUUGCGGAGAUUCGAGGAAGAAUCAAUCUCUGAUGCUUGACGCCAUCGCGAAUGCAUACUAUGGGAUCUCCAGCCAAGGUACAGUUAAACAGCGUCGCGACUUUGUAACCGGCCAUAUGCGACUGGGCAGAUGGUGUUGGAGACUUGCGGGUACGGUUGGAGUUGGCGUGUCGCUGACAUUUGGCGAUAAGCUGAUGACCCUAAUGGUGAAUCACAAAUUUACUAAUGCCCAAAUCGAUGCUCUUGUUACCUAUGUGUCUAAUACUCACCCGGGGACCGUCCGCUUACUUCAUCGGUUGGAGUCGAUUGCGAAGCCACUCAUACUUGGCGAAUUGCCAAUGGAUCUCAUUGAGGAGAUCCAGAACAAUAGAUCCAGCAUUCUAGGGGAAUGUGAAUUGUCUCAUGCGAUCACGGACGAUGAAACAGCUUUGGUUAGUCAGUUACGUGAGCGGCCUUGGACUGUCAUCGAUUCCAACUUCCUUGCUAUUAAAAAAAUAGCCGAGUUUCUCCGCGGACUUUAA